CAAAAUAUUUGAAAAUCAUAUAUCUGAUAAGGGUCUACUAUCCAGAAUACAUAAAGAAUUCUUACAACUGAACAGCAAAAUUUUUUAACCCAAUUAAAAAAUGGGCAAGGUGGGACUUCCCUGGUGAUCCAGGGGUUAAGAAUCUGCCUUCCAAUGUGGGGGCCAUGGGUUCAAUCCCUGGUCUGGGAACUAAGAUCCCACAUACCACGAGGCAACUAAGCCUGCAUGCUCUAGGGCUCACAUGCCACAACUAGAGAGCCUGUGCGCUGCAACUACUGAGCCUGUGCUCUAACUAGAGAGGAGCCUGCAUGCCACAACUAGAGCGAAGCCCACGUGCUGCAACGAAGGGCCCGGGUGCCACAACGAAAGAUCCUGCAACUAAGACCCGAUGCAGCCAAAUAAAUAAAUAUUUUUUAAAUGGGCAAGGGACUUGAAUAGACAUUAAUCCAAAUAAAUUAUAUAAUUUCACCCACUAGGAUGGCCAUAAGUGAGUGGAAAAUAACAAGUGUUGAAAAGGAUGUAUAGAAACUGGAAUCCUUGUAUAUUGCUAACUGGAAUGUAAAAUGGUUCAGCUGCUCGGGAGACAUUUUGAUGGUUCUUCAAAAAGUUAAACACAAAAUUACCAUAUGACCCAGAAAUUCCACUCCUAGGCAUAUACACCAAAGAAUUGAAAAUAGUUGUUCAAAUACUUGUACCCGGAUGCUCAUAGCAGCACUAGUUACAGUAGCCAAAAUAUAAAAUAUAAAAGCUCAAAUGUCUAUCAGUGGAUGAACAGAUAAAUUGUGGAAUAUGCAUACAGUGCAAUAUUGGUCUGCCAUAAAAGGGGGUGGAGUACUGACACAUGCUACAACCCAGAUGGACCUUGAAAACAUUACGCUAAGUGAAAGAAGUCAAACACAAAAAGGCAAAUAUUCUACGAUUCCAUUAUUUGAAAUAUCCAAAGUAGAUAAAUCCAUAGAGAGAAGGUAGAUUGGUGGUUGCCAGUAUGUGCAAGGAGCAGGGGGACGGGAAGUUCUUGAUGGGCAUGGGGUUUUAUCUGGUGAUGAUUAGAAUGUUUUGGAAGUAGAUGAUGGUGGUUGCACAAUAUUGUGAGUGUACUAAACUUCAAUGAAUUGUUCAUUAAAACGGCUAAUUAAAUGCUAUGUGAAUUUCACCUCAAAAAUGUGUAAAACAUUUAUCAUUUUGUGAAAUAGUACGAUGUCUGGGAUUUGGUCCAAAAUAAUGAGGUGGGGGUAGAGGUACAAAAAGUAAAAACAAAAACAUGUUUCCCCCGAGCUGUAUAGGAAACAAAACAAGAGACGGAAAUGGGUAGAAGCCUAGAGUGCGGAAAUCCAGGUGAGAAACGCGGCGGGGCGCUUUGUGUGUGGGGGAAGGGGCUAGAACCCAACAGCCCUGACGUGUAUCUGUAGACAAAAGCGAGAGGACUGUUAGGGCAAAGAAAGAGAUCCAGAUUUUUUGUCUGAACCCUGGAGGCAGGGGUGCCUUUGCCGAGCUGCGGGGAACCGCGGACACGAAUCAAGGAUUGCUCUUGGGAAAUCAUCUCCUUGUGCACCUUAAACUUACAAAACUUCACGCGUCGGUUGUAUCCCAACAAAAUUGGGUAAAUAUACAUAUAUUUUUUUAAAGGGAUUGCUCUUCGGGUUUAGUGCGCGCUGCGCAUCAGACACCGGCGGAGACGCAGAGGAGGCGGGCAGUGCUCUGCCGCGUCUUCCCCCCGAGUUUUAAGUGUCCUCCCGAGGGACGCGAGGGCCUGCACCGUCUUCGCGCCCUCCCUGAGCGGGCUGGGGGCGACGGCUGCCGCGACCCCGACCCUGCCCGCUCGGGGCCCCACCUGGCGACACCUGCCAGCUCGGGGCCAUGGCGGCGGCCGAGCCCAAGACCCCCGCGGGGACGGCCGCGGCCCGACGCCUGGCCCGGAGCUGCUGGUCCGCGUUCUGGGACUACGAGACGCCCAAGGUGAUCGUGGUGAAGAACCGGCGCCUGGGCAUCGUGUACCGCACGGUGCAGCUGCUCAUUCUGCUCUACUUCGUGUGGUACGUGUUCAUCGUGCAAAAGAGCUACCAGGACAGGGAGACGGGCCCCGAGAGCUCCGUCAUCACCAAGGUCAAGGGCAUCACUUCGUCCGAGAACAAAGUGUGGGACGUGGAGGAGUACGUGAAACCCCCCGAGGGGGGCAGCGUGUUCAGCAUCAUCACCAGGAUCGAGGUCACCCCCUUCCAGACCCUCGGAACCUGCGCCGAGAGUAUGAGGGUCAGAAACGCCACGUGCGACUCGGACGAGGACUGCGUGGCUGGGCAGCUGGACAUGCUGGGAAACGGCCUGCGGACCGGGCGCUGCGUGCCUUAUUACCACGGGUCCUCCAAGACCUGCGAGGUGUCCGCCUGGUGCCCGGUGGAGGACGGGGCCUCAGUCAGCCAGUUUCUCGGUAAGAUGGCCCCCAAUUUCACCAUCCUCAUCAAGAACAGCAUCCACUACCCCAAAUUCCAGUUCUCCAAGGGCAACAUCGAGAACCGGAAGGAUGGCUACCUGAAACACUGCACAUUCCAUGAGGUCUCUGACCUCUACUGCCCCAUUUUCAAGCUGGGCUACAUCGUGGAGCAGGCAGGGGAAAACUUCACGCAGCUGGCACACUCGGGUGGUGUAAUUGGGGUCAUUAUCAACUGGGACUGUGACCUGGACCUGUCGGCGUCAAAGUGCAACCCCAAAUACUCCUUCCGGAGGCUCGACCCCAAGCAUGUCCCAGCCUCAUCUGGCUACAACUUCAGGUUCGCCAAGUACUACAAAGUAAACGGUACCACCACCCGCACACUCAUCAAAGCCUACGGGAUCCGAAUUGACGUCAUCGUGCACGGACAGGCAGGGAAGUUCAGCCUGAUUCCCACCAUCAUUAACCUGGCCACAGCGCUGACCUCUAUCGGGGUGGGCUCCUUCCUGUGCGACUGGAUCUUGCUAACGUUCAUGAACAAAAACAAGGUCUACAGCCAUAAGAAAUUUGACAAGGUGUGUACUCCAGGGCCUUCCUCAGGCAGCUGGCCUGUGACCCUGGCCCUUGUUUUGGGCCAGGGCCCUCCCCCACCCUAUCCCUGCUCCGCAGACCCAGGCCAGGCUGGCCAACCGCAAGGUGAGGGGCAGAGCCAGGCCUGGGCUGUCCCACCCCCAUUGCCUUGCCCCACCUCUGCCCCGUCUGAGCAGAUGGUGGACGCUCCCAAGCGGGGUGCAGGACCAGGGCUUGGCACCUCUGAGCCUUCCCAACAGGACUGCGCUCUCACAGACGCCCGAGGAUUGGCCCAGCUCUGAGCCCACUCCCACCUUCUGUCGUGCUGCACUGAAGACCUGGGCCUGUUGGGGGCCCCUGAAGUCUGUGGCCCCAGGAGCGCCCCACUCCCCAGGGCAGCAUGGCUUGGACCUUGGACCUGGGCCCUGCCCACACAC